UUUAAAAGAGUAGGAUUAUUUUAUUUUAAAACAAUUGUUGACAUCAAAUUUGAGUUGAAGGAGGUUAUGGAUUCUCAGCUUCCACGACUUUGUAUCAAACCAUUCCACUCUCCUCGUUUUCCUUCAUUUGCUUCCCCUAAUUUCAUCUCUGUCUCAGUUAUAGGAUCCGCUAGUAAGGGAAUAAGGUGCGCAAUGAAGACUUAUAAGUUAUCGGAGCUACGUCCUGCUGAGGUGGAGAGCUUGAAGGCUCGUCCUCGCAUAGAUUUUUCUUCCAUAUUCGGCAUGGUCCAGCCAAUAAUUGAUGAUGUUCGCAGCAGAGGCGAUGCUGCAGUUAAAGCUUAUACUGAAAAGUUUGAUAAAGUUAAUCUACAUAAAAUUGUUGAAAAUGUCUCGGAGCUUCCUUAUCCUGAGCUUGACCCAACUAUUAAAGGGGCUUUUGAUGUGGCAUACGAAAAUAUAUAUGCAUUUCAUCUUGCCCAAAAGUCAUCAGAGAAAAGUGUCGAGACCAUGAAAGGUGUUAAAUGCAAAAGGGUGGCUCGGAGUAUUGGUUCUGUUGGUCUUUAUGUACCAGGGGGAACUGCUGUUUUGCCCUCAACUGCUCUAAUGCUUUCUAUUCCUGCCAAGAUUGCUGGAUGUAAAACUGUUGUUCUAGCAACUCCCCCAGGCCAAGAUGGCAGCAUGUGUAAGGAGGUACUGUAUUGUGCCAAGAAGGCCGGUGUGACUCACAUUCUUAAAGCUGGUGGAGCUCAGGCCAUAUCUGCCAUGGCCUGGGGCACAGAAUCUUGCCCGAAGGUUGAGAAAAUUUUGGGACCUGGAAAUCAGUAUGUAACAGCUGCCAAAAUGAUACUCCAAAAUAGUGAGGCUAUGAUUUCAAUUGACAUGCCAGCUGGGCCUUCAGAAGUUUUGGUUAUUGCCGACAAACAUGCCAAUCCUAUACAUAUAGCUGCAGAUUUGCUAUCCCAGGCUGAGCAUGGCCCUGAUAGCCAGGUUGUUCUUGUAAUAGUUGGUGAUGGUGUGGGUCUUAAAGCUAUUGAGGAGGAAAUUAAUAAACAGUGCCAAAGCCUUCCAAGGGGAGAUUUUGCUUCAAAAGCAUUGAGCCAUAGUUUCACUGUUUUUGCUCGUGAUAUUGUUGAGGCAAUUUCCUUCUCAAAUUUAUAUGCACCAGAGCACCUGAUCAUGAAUGUGAAGGAUGCAGAAAAAUGGGAGGGUUUUGUUGAGAAUGCCGGUUCUGUCUUCCUAGGGCAGUGGACGCCAGAGAGUGUGGGUGACUAUGCAAGUGGGACAAACCAUGUUCUUCCAACCUAUGGCUAUGCAAGGAUGUAUGGUGGGGUGUCUCUUGACUCUUUCCUCAAGUACAUGACUGUACAAUCUCUGACAGAGGAAGGCCUAAGUAACCUUGGCCCACAUGUGGCCACCAUGGCUGAAGUUGAGGGGCUGGAUGCUCACAAACGAGCUGUGACUCUCAGACUUGAAGAUAUCAAGGCCAGGCAUGCCUCUAGCGUGAGAUGAUGUAUGUCAAGCAGAGGAGGUGCUGUUUGAACAAAUAUUUGCUCUUGUUCCAGAUUCUAAUUGUUGUACUGUAAUAUAUACACAUCUCUGUAGCAUUGCUAUGCUGGUGGUUUAGAGACCUGGGUUUAGUCUGAUUUGCUAGUUGAUUGGUUGAUGAUAUACCAAAGAAACCAAUAAACACCAUUUUUGUAUCAGCUUUGAACUGGAUUAUGGAGCAAAACAAUAAAGGUGUUUAGGCCCUUUUGAUACUUGAGGGAGAA